CUCCACUGGGAAGUCGCUGUGUACGAGGAUCCGUGAAAGCGUCAUCGUUCCACCCCUGCUGGGCAGGCAGAAAGAUAAAUCUACCCCUGCAUACCGACACACACUUACUCUAUUUCCCCUAUAAUUUGCCUCAGGACGAGCCAACCUGUUUGGAGCGGAGCAGCAAAAGAUACAGGACUUCCUCCUCCGGCGUAAUUUUUAUUUAUAACAACUCACAGCAGCACCGUUAGCCGGCUAAGCUAGCAGGAAGAGGCAGCUAACGACAGUUGGCUAAAACUCCUGCUCUGCUAAAGACCCUCCACUGCAGGCUGCUGGACCUGACAGAUCCAGCUAUGCUGGAGCAUCAGCUGCUCUAAUGUGUAGAUGUGUAAAUACUUACAGUGCCUGGUUAAGACAGCUUUUUAGCUGGUCUGGAGGACCAUACUAUUGCUGUGACGUAAACAUCCAACAGACCUGCAGCUGAUUUGGCUGAACAGGUGUAUGUUGGCCUGGAUUAUAGCGUAACUCCCCCAGAGCAGCCUCCUCCCCUCCACUCCCACUGCUCUCCCUGUAGGACUACUAUGCCUCUGGGUUUGGGAAGAAGGAAGAAGGCGUCCCCGCUGGUCGAGAAUGAGGAAGCGGAGCCCAUCCGCGCAGGUCUCAAUGUGCCAGGCAUGGAUGGCCUAGAUGGAGGUGUUGUCGGGCUGGGAGAAGGUGCCACCUCUGAAGGUCUGCCUCCUCCACCUAGCAGCAUGCGACCUCGCCUCAUCUUCCACACCCAGCUCGCUCAUGGCAGCCCCACGGGCCGAAUCGAGGGCUUCAGCAACGUGCGGGAACUCUAUGCCAAGAUUGGUGAGGCUUUUGGGAUACCACCAUCUGAGGUUAUGUUUUGCACACUGAACACUCACAAGGUGGACAUGGACAAGCUGUUGGGAGGUCAGAUUGGACUAGAGGACUUUAUUUUUGCCCACAUUAAAGGCCAGAAAAAGGAAAUAGAAGUGUUCAAAGGGGAGGAUGCACUCGGGUUGACGAUCACUGAUAAUGGAGCUGGCUACGCUUUCAUCAAGAGAAUCCGUGAGGGGAGCAUCAUCCACCAGAUCCAGGUCAUCAACGUGGGCGACAUGAUCGAGUCGAUCAACGGCCAUCGCCUGAUCGGCUGUCGACACUAUGAGGUGGCCAAGAUGCUGAAGGAGUUGCCCAAAGGGAAGGACUUCACCAUCAAGCUGGUGGAGCCCCUCAAGGCCUUUGAUAUGAUCAGCCAGCGGUCUGGAGGGUCCAGGUCGGCAUCGGGGGUUCAGCUGGGGACUGGCAGAGGAACCCUUCGGCUGCGAUCUAAAGGUCCGGCCACCGUGGAGGAGCUGCCUUCUGCAUUUGAGGAAAAGGCCAUUGAGAAGGUGGAUGACCUGCUUGAGAGCUACAUGGGCAUCAGAGACAGCGAGCUGGCGGCCACCAUGGUGGAGCUGGGAAAGGACAAAAAGAACCCCGAUGAGUUUGCAGAGGCUUUAGAUGAAACCCUGGGAGAUUUCGCCUUCCCAGACGAAUUUGUUUUCGACGUUUGGGGUGCCAUUGGCGACGCUAAAGUCGGCCGAGUGUAACCACACAAACUAAUGGAGCAGAACGGCUUCUGCUUUCGUGCCGCCCCACAACAUUCAGCACUACUAGGAAACACAACACUACCGUCAUGAGUUUGUUUUUAUUCCAGUGUAUACUCCUACUAUUUUUUAAUUUAGAGUGUACCCUUUUGGGAGACUCUUGCCUAGGAUGAUGCCAGGUAAUGGGAGAAGAAAGGCGACUGUGAUGACUUCCCAAGUGCUUUUAUUUGUCUUCCGGCUUUAUCCAGAUACUAUGAGCACGCUGAUGAGCAUUCCCCUUUGACCGUGUCACAUGAACCUGCAUGUCAAUGUUGUAGUUGCUGGCAGUGGAACGAGUACAGCACAAAUCUCUAAUAUGGGAGAAAUUAAAAGAUGAAAGACAACGGCUAACACAAAGUAGAUAUUUGAUACUUAGCCAAAAAAAAGAAUAGAAAAGAAAAGAAAAAAGUGUUUUUUUUUACACAUUGCACUGUGUUGCACUGCGCUGUAAGCCAACACUAGAAGUGAACAGAGAUUGCACUGUACCUCAUCUGGUGAGCGGCACAGUUAUUGCACAGUACCAAGGCAACAGCCUCCCUGAAAUACAGUACAGUGUCGUCCUGAACCACUCGAUGUUACUGUUAUUGAUCAGUUUUACAAGCAUGUGCUGUUAUAUUUUUAUCUUCAUCCUGAAUUCUGCUGGUUUUAUGUCAUUUUUGGAGGGUUUUUGGGUAAAAGAAAAAAAAUGCCUGUUGCAGAAAGGUCAUAGUAAACUGUAGCUCCUGACUAAAAGAUCAGUGGUGUUUGCUCACACACUCCAUGGCUGUAAUGAGGUCAACUGCGCAGACAGCAGCACAUUCCAGUCUUACGUUCAUACAUUUGACAGUGUUAAAGAGAAUCAGUGUUAAUUUACCUUUUUUAUGGAAGGUCAUUAUGUGAGAAUGAGAAGGAGGUUUGUUUUAGUGAAUUGUGUUUUUUUUUUUUUUUUUUAUAGCUAGUGUUUUUAUAUAAAGUGAUGUGAUGUCUAUUUUAAAAACAAGGUUUGUGUAACAGAUGAAGAACUUGAUCUCGUGUUGCUACUACUUUAUUGUUUUGAAGCAUUACAGAGAGCAGUACUAAAGAAGAGAGAGUCGUGAGAUGGAGUAGUUAAAAGAGGGAAAAAAAGGAAAUAGAAAUGUUAAGAACAGAAAUGCCUUCAUUUCUUCUCAUUUCAUGCAUUUUAUAUGUUUUGUUAGAAAUAUGCGACUUGGUGCAUGGUGCUGAAAAUUCAAGUAUACUGUGGUUGGAGCAGAAUGAUACCAAACUAUUUCCAUCGUAGCGUCGCAGUGACUUGUGUCCGUAGAGAGGAAAAAACAGGCAAUGUCACACCAACUGCUCAGCCUAGGUAAACACGUCUUAAAAAAAACCUUUGGUAUUAACCUUCUCAGUAUAUCCAAAUGUAUGAAGUUAUUUUGUAGUUUUGUUUCAUUCUUUAGAGUUGAUGAAUAUCUAAAUGGGGUUAUGUAAUGAAACUGACACUAGAACACUGUAACACUGAGAAGAUCACGUUAUUUUGAUGGCUUUGUAUUACACUGUUGUCAUUGUCCAAUUAUAAUGCAAUAAUAACAUUGACAUGGCA